GCAGGCAACUAAGCGAUGUAUCUUAAGCUUGUUCUUUCUGUUACAGCGACAUUCUGGAAGCGUGUUGUCUGGUUGAUAAAGCCAGACUCAGACUUCGUGCAUGAGUUACUGACUGAAGCAAAACAUAGCUGGAUAUGGACCAUUGUGAACAGGAUACCUGGGCUAUCUGAUGCUGUCAUGAAAAGAAUAUACCUGAUACGUGGAGCCAUGGUAGAUUCACCAGCCACCUACACAUCGGAACAUGAUUAUAUUACUUAUGAAGCUUAUGGUAACAGAUCUUAUUUUGCACGUGCACUGCCUCCCGUGCCAAAAGAUUGUCCUACACCUUUAGGAGUUGUAGGUGCUAAAGAACUGCCAGAUGCAGGUAUGAUAGUGGACAAACUGAUGAAACGUACUGUAUUCAAACCUGAUCCAAGAGGUUCCAAUGCCUUGUUUACAUUUUUUGCACAACACUUUACCCAUCAGUUCUUCAAGACAGAUUUUCAGCGUGGACCUGGGUUCCAGUGGGGAGGACAUGGGGUGGAUGUAUCCCAUGUGUACGGUAAAGACAAACAUGUAGAAAAUAUGCUGAGAAGUUUUGAAGACGGCAAGUUAAAAAUGCAGACGAUAAAUGGAGAAUCAUGGCCACUCCUCCUGAAAGAUGUAGAAGUGCCAAUGCAUUAUCCUCCGAGCGUGCCAAAGGAAAUACAGUUUGCCCUCGGACACAAAGAUUUUGGCCUGUUGCCAGGAUUAUUUAUGUAUGCUACAAUAUGGAUGCGGGAACAUAAUCGGGUCUGUGAUAUUUUAAAGGGAGAGCAUCCAGAAUGGGACGAUGAAAGGCUCUUCCAAACCACAAAAUUAGUAAUUUUAGGAGAAACCAUAAAGGUUGUGGUAGAAAACUAUGUACAGCAUUUAAGUAAUUACAAUUAUCAAUUGGUUUUUAAACCAGAACUACUUUUUGGGCAGUCGCAUCAGUAUUCUAACCGAAUUACAGCCGAGUUUAAUCACAUGUAUCAUUGGCAUCCAUUAAUGCCGGAUGAGUUCAAUAUCUCUGGGACUACUUACACUGUGAAAGAUUUUCUCUUCCGUCCUGAUAUAGUUCUGAAACAUGGAAUGAGAGAUUUCGUUGAUGGACUGGUACAUCAGAGAGCUGGCGCAUUUACCCACCAUAACCACAAUUUUUAUACACUUCCUGUUGCCAAGCAGACUAUUUUACAUGGAAGAGCACUUAGAUACCAGUCCUUUAAUCAGUAUAGGAAAAGAUUUAGUCUACCACCUUACCAAACAUUCGAAGAUUUAACUGGUGAUACAGAAGUAGCAAAAGACUUGGAAGAAAUAUAUGGUGAUAUAGAUGCUGUAGAAUUUUAUGUUGGUAUUGUUGUGGAAAAAACUAGACCAAAGGCGAUAUUUGGAUCAACUGUGAUAGAACUGGGAGGACCUUUUUCUGUAAAGGGGCUUUUAUCAGCCCCUAUUUGUAGUCCGCAGUAUUGGAAACCAUCCACUUUUGGUGGAGAUGUUGGGUUUGACUUAGUAAAAACUGCAUCAUUAGAGAAGUUAUUCUGUAAGAAUAUGGCAGACUGUCCUAAGAUCUCAUUUGAAGUUCCAAAAGGCUCUGAAAGUUGUACGAAAGAAACCCAAAGCUGCACAAAGAAUGAGUUAUAGCAGAUGUUUUUCAACACAGUAUGAAGGAGAUCUGGAUACGUGACUGAACUAUACUAUUCUGAAUUAACUGAAUUAAGAAUCAGUCCAGCUUAAAAAACCAGCAGUCACUAUCUUUCACAGCAGAUCCUCUGUUGGGUUUCUGAUUUCUGACAUGCCUUGUCAUCAUCAAGAUAGUGCUUGUGCAAGAAGUGGGUAAGGGGACGAUUGUAUCAGCGCCAAAAAAAUCUAACAGCAUGAAAAUCUUAUGCAGUGUGUUAACUGCAGGUACCACUGAUGUUUUUAUAUAGUCUAGAUGGCUUUUUAUUGAUUCAAUUCAGAGCAGAGAGAAUGUGGGACAUAUUUGCUGUGUUUCAUAUCAUCCAGUCAAUUCUGAACCUGCGUUACAGGCAGAUGUGAGGAAUAUUGUUUUAAGUCUUUAAAGAAAAUCAUUAUAUAAUUUGUUCAGUUUGCUUUGGGACCUCAUUUGCUGAGGGGUGAAGGUCCCUAGCUUAGAAUCACCUGUCUCUCAUUUCUGUGGGUUUGAACACUACUUAGACCAUCAUAUGAGGAAGCCAUCCAGCCAGCUUGCAGAAGGUCAGUGGAUCUGUUCAGGUGCCAGCUCAUGUUUGAGAUAAUGUCAAGAGGAUGGCACCUGGGCUUGGAUCUUUUUCAUCAUUAAAGCUAGCAGUCAGUCAUAAAAAUCCAUAUGAAUGCAAAUUUUGAUGUGAAUGUUUGUAUGUCUGUAAUUGUACUUUGUCUUUACUAGAGUGUUUGAAAUAUUUUAUUUUUGGAAUUUGCAGAUUAAGAAAACCGAACUGAUUGUGAAACUGACCUGUCAAUGUAGACAGCACUUGAAUUUCCAGGGAUAAUUUAAAACUAACAGAUUUUGUAAACUUGCCUUGAAAUGCUUCAUGAAUUAAUGUACAUGAAGGAAUCUUGAAUUUGUAUAUGUACUUGAAUUAGAUAUUGUUUAUGUUAUUAAUAAAAAUGCCUUAUAUUUAUACAAA